AUGGGCAUGUCAUAUCUCAGCUUUGCUCGAACAGUACUUGCUCAAGUACUCGUGAACGACGUGGUCUCUUGGCCCUUGGGUCUAUUUCUCUUAGCCAGUAUCCUGUACGCAGCGCUAGGAACCUCCCCUGACCGAUUAUGGGAAAUAGAUCUAUCCUCUGGGAUCUUCCGGGCAGGGAGUUUGCAAAAAGCUCUGAGUCUUUUAUACUGUGUAUUAUGGGAUAUCAGAACGGAGACUUCAACUGGCAUUCCUCCCAACGCCAAACCUCUUACAUCUACCGCUAUUGAUUUCUCUUGGGAGAUACUUCUAUUCGCCGCUACGAAUACCACUCAAAGUUCAACACCGGGUGGUUUACGCCAUGAAAGACACAUUUUCUCUGCGGCAGUGUUUGGUGAGAUCUUUCAGUCUCAAACACGGGAUUCUCUAGGAUUCAGUCCAUUCAUUCCUACCCCCAUCUAG